AUGAUAUCAAUGCUCUCCGCUUUCGCUACUCCGAUUCGUGGUGCCUACCUCGAAAAUACCCCCGAAGAAAUUAUGGAGAGACUAGCCGUGGAAGACGACACAAAUUGUCCCAUCUGCUGCCAGCCCAUUGCGGAAAUCCGCCGAUUCCAAGCCCGCAUGCGAGCGUUGCCCAUGCAAUUUUCUGAAGUUACGGAUAUCGAGAACAAUGCGCGCCCACUCCACGGUAGCUACGUACUACUGUCUGCCUCCGAAGUCGAAUACGAAGACGAGGAGGACUUUUGGUGCCAUGGCCCACAAACACCGAGAUGUGGCCAUACAUACGGGAGGCGUUGCAUCACCACUUGGUUUGCGAAAUGCCGCAAGGAUGGACUGAUCACGACUUGCCCCACGUGCCGCAUCAGGAUUGUUGACAACCCACGCUCCGCCAUCCUCGUCGGCCUGGUUCGUGAUAGUUUGGCUGCACAUGACCGAGGGUUAGCAGCACGCCGGGGACUGGCUUUGUCCCAGGCAGGACCGCACUCGUCCAGACACCAUGGCCUUACGAUUUGGGAUCAGUUUCAACCAGUAACAGCAGCAACCGAUGCCAUCGCCGACGACCACGAUCGACUCCAUCGUCACCUCCGCAUCCGCUUCGACCAUCGGAAUGUCCGCUCACCUUGCUUCCUCUCCCGAGUUUUUGAUGACUCCUUCGUUGGUCUGGCGCUCUCGGCAGGAUCCGACUAUCCCCCUGGAAUAAGAUUUACGAGCACUGCUUUCCAAAGGCUGGUGUUUCGCUUCUUCGGAAACGCACUGGAUAUGUGGAAUGCGCUGCGCGUGCCGUUGAUUGAGCAACAAGAUGAGGGGCGGGUCUUGUGCCUCGACAUGGACAGAUUGAAGGCCGACAUACUCGAUUAUAUGGCGGCUCCCUUCUUUCGCGAAAUGCCUGGGAUGAGUGAUGCUCCAAGGGGUCAGAACGAGCUGUGGGUUAUGCAGGAGUACCGGAAUUUCGUAGCGUCUUGUCUACAGUUGGAAGAGUGGCAAGAUUUUCAUGUCCUGACACCUCCGCUCUUGCUAUGCGGCUCAGCUUCCGACAACACUACACAGGCGGCCACCGACACUUCGCGUUUUCCAGGCGCUGCUCGAAGGCAACGACACCAUAACACCAUAAAGAUCAACAUGGACACAAUCGGCCAGAUCUGUCCCGACGUUCUCUUCGAGCCCACCACAGCGGCGCGGGUCCAAUCCCUCAAAGAUGAGAAAGAUGCCAAACGCAGCAUCUGCAUGUGCUACUACAUCGAGGCCGACGACUCCCACCAGGAAACCCCAGCGCCGCCACCAUCCCCUCCCCUCCCUCAAUCACGCAGCAAAUCCGUGGCCGCCAACACCGUCGGUGGUGCCGCCACCAGCGGCACUGCGCCCCCUCAACCCAAGACCGACACGACGACGCCCUGA